AUGCCAUUUCCAUCCAUUCCAUCUCUUCCUCAAGCUUGUUUGAAUGCUAUGAUACACAGUAUGGCCUCUUUGUUUCAGGUUGGACGAAAACGAAGAACAAGGUGGCCUCUUUGUUUCACUGAUAUAGUUGGUCUCUUUUGCAAAUGCAAGAAGAUGAAGCAAAUCUGUAGAUUAUUGCAACUAUCAGAAAUGGGCAAGCGCUUGCGGCAGGGCAAGGACACCUCCAGGACAUACUGA